GAAUCGCUGAGGCAGGCUGCCGGUUCGGGGUGUCGCUGUGUGUCAUGGCGGUGACAUGUUAGUUCCCGGUAAAGGAGUGAAGGGGGGAGUCCCUUGUGUGUGUGUGGAGAGGCACUUUGUACAUACAGUGAGCACACGGAGAGCUUGCUAUUCCAAUAAAGGGUGAGGCUCAGUGAAUGAGCCCCCCUCCCUCCCCAGAUUGGGAGCCGUAUGCUGUGGAGACCAACAUGAGACUAGUAAUUCUGGAUGAGUAUUCCCUGGCGAGUGAGUGGGCAGCAAAGUACAUAUGUAAUCGUAUCAUCCAGUUCAAUCCGGGACCAGACAAAUACUUCACUCUCGGAUUACCCACAGGCAGCACACCAUUGGGAUGUUACAAAAAACUUAUUGAGUACCACAAAAAUGGGGACUUAUCCUUCAAAUAUGUGAAGACUUUUAAUAUGGAUGAGUAUGUAGGACUUCCCAGGGACCACCCAGAGAGCUACCAUUCAUACAUGUGGAACAACUUCUUCAAACACAUUGAUAUCGACCCGAACAAUGCACACAUCCUGGAUGGAAAUGCAGAGGAUUUGCAGGCCGAAUGUGAGGAGCUUGAGAGGAAGAUCAAAGAAGCUGGUGGCAUUGAGCUGUUUGUUGGAGGUAUUGGACCGGAUGGUCAUAUUGCCUUUAAUGAGCCCGGGUCAAGUCUGGUAUCCAGGACAAGAUUAAAGACUUUGGCAAUGGAUACUAUUCUGGCAAAUGCUAAAUAUUUUGAUGGAGAUCUUUCUAAGGUCCCGACAAUGGCUUUGACAGUUGGUGUGGGUACGGUGAUGGAUGCCAAAGAGGUGCUGAUCCUUAUUACAGGUGCACAUAAAGCUUUUGCCUUGUAUAAGGCUAUAGAAGAAGGUGUAAAUCACAUGUGGACAGUAUCCGCUUUCCAGCAGCAUCCUCGCACUAUAUUUGUCUGUGAUGAAGAUGCUACAUUAGAACUUAGAGUUAAAACAGUCAAAUAUUUUAAAGGUUUAAUGCAUGUACAUAAUAAACUAGUGGAGCCAAUGCUCAGCAUGAAGAAGAACUGACAUCCUAGAUGGGAGUGGAGCUAUGGAAAUGCAGCUUUCUGACAAGUUGCUAUGCAAUUUGGUCUCCAAAUGUGUAAAAGUACUGUAUUGCUAAGUUCCAAUCUCUGCUUAAGUCAUUCCAUAUUACAUUAAAUAUGUCAGGUGCAAGGCUGCACAGAACAUGUGCUUGUUUACUUUAUACAAUACCUGAACUGCCAUCAGAAUUGGUGUCCAAGGUCAUCAGAUGUUGCCUUUUUAUUAUAUAAUGUAAAUAUAUUGCUGCCUCCUAUAAUGCCAGUUAAAAGCUGCUAUACAAAAAUUAUUUUACAUGCAGCUUUUGCCUUUUACAGACAUGCAAGCUUUUUAUAGAAUGUCUGUAGCUUACCACAUUGCUAUACAUUAGUGGGCAAGCUCUACACGUCUUGCUUGCUGCAUAUUUUGCUCUUUUGUUGAUGACUGAAGCGGUUACCAUUUUUGUUACAAUUUGUUAUGUUUUACAGACAUGUUAACAUUUCCAGAAUAUUAUUCUGUAGCCAGUUUUCUAAAGAACAUUAUUUGCAAUUGUCUUAAUAAACAAGUUGCCUAAUAAAA